CCGGGGAGCGGGCGCGGCCCCGCGGCCAUGCGGGAGCAGCUGGAGCGGAGCCUCGGCGAGUGGCGGGAGCUGGAGGAGGAGUUCCGGCAGCUCCAGGAAACACACAAAGUUUACAGGCAGAAACUGGAAGAAGUCACCAGCUUGCAGACAGCCUGCAGCAGCUCCAUACAGCGGCAGAAGAAGACACUGAGGGACCUGAAGCACAGCCUGCAGCGGUGCAAGCCCAGAGCGAGUCCUGAGGAGUUUGCUCUCAUUCAGGAGAUCAGCAGCCAGAUCAAGGAGAGGCAGAAUGCCUUCUUUGACAUGGAAGCCUACCUGCCCAAGAGGAAUGGCCUGUACUUAAAUCUGGUGCUGGGAAAUGUGAAUGUUACUCUCCUGAGCAACCAGGCAAAGUUUGCAUACAAGGACGAGUAUGAGAAGUUCAAACUUUAUCUGACAAUAAUCUUGUUACUGGGGGCUGUUGCCUGCAGGUGUUUUCUCCACUACAGGGUGACAGAUGAAGUGUUUAACUUUCUGUUGGUGUGGUAUUACUGCACGCUGACGAUACGGGAGAGCAUUCUCAUUAGCAAUGGCUCAAGGAUCAAAGGCUGGUGGGUGUCUCAUCACUACGUUUCCACGUUCCUCUCUGGAGUGAUGUUAACGUGGCCCGAUGGACUCAUGUAUCAGAUGUUUCGCAGUCAAUUUUUAGCAUUUUCAAUAUUUCAGAGCUGUGUUCAGUUCUUACAGUAUUAUUACCAAAGGGGCUGCCUCUACAGGCUCCGGGCUUUGGGGGAGAGAAACCACUUGGACCUUACAGUGGAAGGAUUCCAGUCCUGGAUGUGGCGGGGGUUGACGUUUCUCCUUCCCUUCUUGUUCUUUGGGCACUUCUGGCAGCUAUACAAUGCAAUCACUCUUUUCAGAUUGUCAAGGCACAAGGAAUGCAAAGAAUGGCAGGUUUUUGUGUUGGCUUUCACAUUCCUGCUGCUCUUCCUUGGGAACUUCCUCACUACUCUCAAGGUGGUGCACACUAAGCUGCAGAAGAACAAAGACAAGGUGAAGAAGCUGUGACUGCCCCUGUUCCCAGUGUGCAUCCAGCAGGGCUGGGUGUGGGACAGACCCUGCCCAGCCCCAGGCAGGCCAUGGAUGGGCUCAGGACUCUCCUGUCCCCGUGUCUGGUAAAGGACUCUGCCAGCACAGACUCAGUAUUAAUGCAAGCAUGGCUCUCCAGUCACACUCCUGCUAUUUAUGUAUAUUUAAUAUAAAAUGUAUUUGCUUCUGGGGUUUUUGUUCUGUGUAUAGAGCAGCAUGCACCUGCCUGGCCAAGCACCAGCGUUGGGGGAAAUGUGGGAUCUACUGUAAUUCCAAUUCUGGAAUGAUACCUGACACUUUGCAGUUUUAUUAUUUAAAUUCUGGGUAUUGAAUUUAUUGAGGUUUAUGAACACUCUGGGUGGAUCAGUAAUACAAAAUGAAUGCUGUUUUUCAAGGCAUAUUCUCAGUGGCAAUACUAACCUGUGUGUACUGUGAAAAGAAAAUACUCAUCUUUGUACCAUACUGCUGCUAUAUACACUUCUAAAAAGCUAUUUAAAUAAGAGGAAUUCCUCAUUUGAAAACAAAAUCAUGUGAACAAAAGCAGUUUUUAAAUGGCAGGGAAGUCUGCUAGCCCUUUUCCAGGGAGACCAGGUCAUUUGUCCAGGCCUGAAAGAACCUAAAAUAAACCAUUCAAUAUGCAA